AUGUCCAUUUUUUUCCCUUGUAAAUCAGCAGGAAGUAGAUCAACCAAUGGCAAUUUCUCCUUCAUUGAGCUCAUGUUGGCAACAAGCUAUUUUAAACCUCAGAAUUUACUUGGUGAGUGUGGAUUUCGAUGUGUUAACAAAGGUUGGAUCAGUGAGAAUGAGAACUCUUCAGCAAGACCUGGAAUGGGGCUUUCAGUUGCUCUAAAGACUCAUAACCAGAAUGCACUUGAGGGCUAUAGGAAAUGGCUGGCUGAAGUUAAUUAUCUUAGGGAACUCCGUCAUCCAAAUCUAGUUAAAUUGAUUGGUUAUUGCAUUGAAGAUGAUAAAAGGGUACUAGUAUAUGAGUUCAUGCUUCGAGGAAGCUCGGAGAAUCACCAGUUUAAGAGAUGUGUGUCCCUUCAAUGGUCAAUCAGAAUGAAAAUUAUGUUUGGUGCUGUAAAGGACCUUGCAUUUCUGCACGAGAAAGCUGAAAGGCCAAUGAUAUUUGGAGACUUCAAAACUUCUAAUAUCCCAUUGGAUUUGGAAUACAUUGCAAAAUUUUCUGAUUUUGGGCUUACAAAAGAUGCUCAAGAGGAAGACUUAACUCAUGUUUCAACUCAAGUGAUGGGAACAUAUUGCUAUGCAGCCCUUGAUUAUAUGAUGGCGGCACACAAACAGAAGCUUUAUGGGAAUGCCUGGCCCAUAGUUUAUUGGUACAUUAUAUCGUCCCAUGGUGGGGUUUGUUCUUUUGAUGAAUGUCUCUUUGUUCUGGGAUGGUUCUACAAUUUUGAGCCUUUACCAAAUUUUGUUAAUUUUGCUUUUGCUUUUGCAUUUGGGGGUUUUCUUAUUUUAUUCCCAUCUUUGGAAGUUCUCCUACAAGAGUUCAAGUUGGCCACGAGCAAUUUUAAACCUCAGAAUUUACUUGGUGAGUGUGGAUUUGGAUGUGAUUACAAAGGUUGGAUCAGUGAGAAUGAGAGCUCUUCAGCAAGAUCUAGAAUAGAGCUUUCAAUUGCUAUGAAAGAAGAAAGUAGAUCAACAACCAAUCACAAUGCUAGAGAGAAACCAGUUGCUUCUGAUGUAUCCCCAAGAAACAAUAAUCCAAGAAGAGCAAGAUCAUCUCCCAAGUUAAAAGGAAUUGCUACAUCUUCUUCAAGCUUAAGAGAGGAGCUAAGUGCUUAUUCCAACCUUCACAACUUCUCCUUCAAUGUGCUCAAGGUGGCAACAAGCAAUUUCAAACCUCAAAUUUUGCUUGGUGAAGACUCAUAA